CUUCGUGCUCGAAUUCCAACACUUCCUUAUGAAAAGCGCCUCUCCAAAGUGGACACUCUUCGUCUGGCCAUCGGAUAUAUAAAUUUCCUUCAAAAUCUAGUGAACAGUGAUGAACAUUUGGAAUCAUCCACUAAAAAUGAUGGCACUGGCAAGGAAAACGACUCACAGGAGAAACAAAAAUCGAAUUUCCCAUCACCUUUUCAGAGAUUUGCUGACACUACUGCGACUGCAAAUAAAGGAAGCACACGGAAUAGUUCUUCAACUGCAGAUUGCGUGAAUCAAAGUCGAUGUCAAACUGUGAGAAAAGUCAUUCUCCAGCAUUUAGUUCGGCUUUCCGAACCUACGAAUACCCACAAUCAAGCUACUUCCAACGCCGACCUGAUCAUUCGACCCGGGCAGAUUUGGAGGCGAGUAGCUGAGAGUCCCGCCCCGGAGAACAUAUCCAUUGAGACGGGUUUUAGCACAGAGGACUCUUUCACAAUUGGAUACAGUAUAACCUGGCAUCGAAGGAGGAAUACCUUCGAAACACCCCUUCUCUACCAAAACAGAAGGAAAAUUGUUAGCACAAAACUGUGGAUACCACAAAGAGAUUAA